AUGAAGGUGGAGGAGGAAAAGGCUGGGGUAGGGAAGCUGGACCCUGCUAACUACAGGAGGCGAUGUCAGGAUCAGGAAGACUGCCGUUCCAUCCACAUUGGGCUUUCAGUCCCCAGUUACCCUCAGAGGAAGAGAGACCAGAAGGAGCAUCUUUCAGGCCUGCAAAAGGUCCGCUGGGGCCUGAGGCCAGAUAAGCCACAGCAGGGACUGGCAGGUGCCAGCAGCAGUGUGGACCAUGUCAGCAGGACGCGGUCUCCAGCUGCUGAGCAGCUCCAGGACAUCCUGGGGGAGGAAGAUGAGGCUCCCAACCCCACCCUCUUCACAGAAAUGGACACACUGCAGCAUGAUGGAGACCAGAUGGAGUGGAAGGAGUCAGCCAGGUGGAUAAAGUUUGAAGAAAAGGUGGAGGAAGGAGGCGAACGCUGGAGCAAGCCCCACGUGUCCACACUGUCCCUGCACAGCCUCUUUGAGCUCCGGACCUGCCUGCAGACGGGGACGGUGCUGCUGGAUUUGGACAGCGGCUCCUUACCGCAGAUCAUAGAUGAUGUCAUUGAGAAGCAAAUUGAGGACGGCCUCCUUCGGCCAGAGCUCCGCGAGAGGGUCAGCUACGUCCUCCUGAGGAAACACCGUCACCAAACCAAGAAGCCCAUCCACCGCUCCCUGGCCGACAUCGGAAAGUCGGUCUCCUCCACCACCAAUCGCAGCCCAGCGCGGACCCCGGCGGCGGGCCCGAACCUGCAUCGCUCCACCGAGGACCUGAGGAUGCGGCAAAGCGCGCAUUACGGACGCCUGUGUCACGCCCAGAGCAGAAGCAUGAAUGAUAUUUCUCACACCCCGAAUACAGACCAGCUGAAAAACAAAUUCAUGAAGAAGAUCCCCAAGGACUCAGAAGCCUCCAAUGUGCUGGUGGGCGAGGUGGACUUCCUGGACCAGCCAUUCAUCGCCUUCGUGCGUCUCAUCCAGUCUGCCAUGCUGGGAGGAGUGACCGAGGUGCCCGUCCCCACCAGAUUUUUGUUCAUCCUGCUGGGGCCUUCUGGGAGAGCAAAAUCUUACAAUGAAAUUGGCAGAGCCAUUGCAACCCUCAUGGUAGAUGACCUCUUCAGCGACGUGGCCUAUAAAGCCCGGAAUCGGGAGGACCUGAUCGCCGGGAUCGAUGAGUUUCUGGACGAGGUCAUCGUGCUUCCCCCUGGAGAGUGGGACCCAAAUAUCCGAAUCGAGCCACCCAAGAAGGUCCCUUCCGCCGACAAGAGGAAAUCCGUGUUCUCCCCGACUGAGCUAGGCCAGAUGAACGGCUCUGUUGGGGGAGGCGGCGGAGGGGCCGCAGGGGGCGGCGGCGGCAGCGGCGGCGGCGGCGGCAGCGGCAGCGGCGGGGCCGCUGGAGGCAGCAGCGGGGAUGACGGAGAGAUGCCCGCGGUGCACGAGAUCGGGGAAGAGCUCAUCUGGACAGGAAGGUUCUUCGGUGGCCUGUGUCUGGAUGUCAAGAGGAAGCUGCCCUGGUUCCCCAGUGACUUCUACGAUGGCUUCCACAUUCAGUCCAUCUCUGCCAUCUUAUUCAUCUACCUUGGCUGCAUCACCAACGCAAUCACCUUUGGUGGGCUUCUGGGGGAUGCCACUGACAAUUACCAGGGAGUGAUGGAGAGUUUUCUGGGCACCGCCAUGGCUGGCGCCUUGUUCUGCCUCUUCUCAGGGCAGCCUCUUAUCAUCCUCAGCAGCACAGGGCCCAUCCUCAUCUUCGAGAAGCUCCUCUUCGACUUCAGCAAAGGCAAUGGCCUGGACUACAUGGAGUUCCGCCUCUGGAUUGGCCUACACUCAGCCGUCCAGUGCCUUAUCCUGGUGGCCACAGAUGCCAGCUUUAUCAUCAAGUAUAUCACCCGCUUCACUGAGGAGGGUUUCUCCACCCUCAUCAGCUUCAUCUUCAUCUACGAUGCCAUCAAGAAGAUGAUCGGUGCCUUCAAGUACUACCCCAUCAACAUGAACUUUAAGCCUGACUCCAUCACCACCUACAAAUGCGAGUGCGUCGCCCCGGAUGCAGCGAAUACAUCCUCAUUCAAUGCUUCAGCCACGCUGCCACCAAACACCAACACUUCUCUGUACAACCCCCUUAACCUCACAGCGCUGGACUGGUCCCUGCUGAGCAAAAAGGAGUGUUUGAACUAUGGUGGGCGCCUACUCGGGAACUCCUGCCAGUUUAUCCCAGACCUGGCACUCAUGUCCUUCAUCCUUUUCUUCGGGACAUACUCCAUGACCCUGACCCUGAAGAAGUUCAAAUUCAGCCGCUAUUUCCCUACCAAGGUUCGGGCCCUGGUAGCCGACUUUUCUAUCAUCUUCUCCAUCCUGCUGUUCUGUGGAAUCGACACCUGUUUCGGCCUGGCAACCCCCAAGCUGCUCGUGCCCAGCGUCAUCAAGCCCACGCGGCCUGACCGAGGCUGGUUCGUGGCCCCCUUUGGGAAGAACCCGUGGUGGGUGUACCUGGCGAGCAUCCUGCCCGCCUUGCUGGUGACCAUCCUGAUCUUCAUGGACCAGCAGAUUACGGCCGUCAUAGUCAACCGGAAGGAGAACAAGCUGAGGAAGGCUGCUGGCUACCACCUGGACCUGUUCUGGGUGGGCAUCCUCAUGGCUCUGUGCUCCUUCAUGGGGCUCCCCUGGUAUGUGGCUGCCACGGUCAUCUCCAUUGCCCACAUCGACAGCCUCAAGAUGGAGACGGAGACCAGUGCCCCUGGGGAGCAGCCCCAAUUCCUGGGGGUCAGGGAACAGAGAGUGACGGGCACCAUCGUCUUCAUCCUGACAGGGAUCUCCGUCUUCCUGGCUCCCAUCCUGAAGUACAUCCCUCUGCCCGUGCUGUAUGGAGUCUUCCUCUACAUGGGUGUGGCCUCCCUGAAUGGCAUCCAGUUCUGGGAUCGCUGCAAACUCUUCCUGAUGCCAGCCAAGCACCAGCCAGACCAUGCCUUCCUGCGGCACGUGCCCCUGCGCCGGAUCCAUCUCUUCACCCUGGUGCAGAUACUCUGCUUGGCUGUGCUCUGGAUCCUCAAGUCCACGGUGGCCGCCAUCAUCUUCCCAGUCAUGAUCCUGGGCCUCAUCAUUGUUCGAAAGCUUCUGGACCUCAUCUUCUCUCAGCACGAUCUAGCCUGGAUUGACAACAUCCUCCCAGAGAAGAAGAAGAAGAGAAGGAAAGGGGCCCAAGAGGACAGCGACGAGGAGCCCCAGUUCCCUCCUCCCUCAGUUAUAAAGAUUCCCAUGGAAAGUGUCCAAUCAGAUCCCCAAAACGGUAUCCACUGCAUUACCAGAAAAAGAUCUUCCAGUUGGAGUUACUCACUCUGAUUCUUCCUUCAGUGAUUCAGAACUCGACCGAAGCAUCACCCUGCACUUCAAAAUUUCCUGUCCGGCUUCGCCUGCCUUCAACUACGCACAGAGCCCGGUCUUCAUGGUGCCGCAGGUGAAGAUAGAGAUGGAGUCGGACUGUGACUUCACAGACGUGGACAGAUUCGCAAGAGACGCUGAUGGCGAGACAACCCUCUAGGUCGGAGCUUCCCCCAGGUGGGGCGCGAUCUGUCCUCAUUGUGAGCUUCUGGGCCAAAACCCUUCCCUUUUCUGAGCCUGUUUCCUUAUUUACCAAACAGAGGGAGUGAUUCCGCUUGACAGAAAACUGGACAUCUGUUGACAGAAAGUACUGCUUACAUGCAAAGCCCUCUGCUUCCCUUUGUAGUUAUGGAAAUAACUAAAGCUAAAUGCUACAUCUAAUUUUAAAAUGCAGUCCAGCAUAGAAAUUAUAACAUUUCUUUUGAAAUGAAAAAAAUGCUCGCCUCUUAAAACUGUAGCUAAGAUAAAGGGGCAGUAGUCAAUUUUUCUUUAAAACAAGUAUCAGCUAAGAUUUUUUUUUAAAGCUUAGAUUUUAAACUAUCUAGAUGGUCUGAAAGAACUGUUAAAAUACUUGUACUUCAAUAGACCAAGUUUGGAAAAUUUGUUUUGCAAUUCUGCAUAUUAAGAAAUGCUAAAUACGUCCCCUUUUCUCUCCAUCUCAUUCAGUUUUCUAAGGGUCAUAUGAAAAGUUUGAACUAUCUGCAUUAUGGGUCUUGCUUCAGCACAGAAGCGUGACUCAGUCUUUCCCAGAUUGAAAGCCAGUUCUAAAAGUCUGGUAGUGAAAGAACCAACACAUUUGAGUGGAUAUUUUUAAAACAAAAUAGUUCUUGUUAAAGUGAAAUCUCAAAUCACAUAGUCAAUCAACAAAAUGAUCCUUUAAAUUAGUAUCACUGGUUUUUCAAGCCCCAAAUCACAUUUCUUUAUGCAUUUGGGAAGAUCCUUUCUGCAAGUUUUCAAUGGCCUGCUUUCCAAAGUCAAACCUGCAGUCACACGAACACUGCAUGUUAAGCAGGGCUAAGUGGAAAUUCUGAAAGAUUAUACCUCCACAGUACUAGUCAGACUAGUACUUCAAAGGAGUAACUGGAAGCCGAUUGGGUAGAUUUAAAACCCAUUAAUAAUGAAGCAGACCCUUUUCCUCAUGAAACUUAAGAUCAGUCUUUUUAUCUUCAAUCCACAUUUAACAAACACCAACCAUGUUUAUUUACCACCUAUGGUGUGCCUGACAGCCACAAUGCAUCUGACAUUUACCUUCCCCAAAACAACUAUGGAUUUGAAUCUUGAGUAAAUCACUUUGGUUACAGUUACAUUUACUCAGGAUGACAAAUGGAGGUGCUUCUUCUUUGUUGCUUUCUGUUUUUUAAAGAUAAUUGACUGUAGAUCCUUAAACACCCUGAGUAAGGAGACACUUAAAUUGUAAUCCCCAGAGUCAGUGCAGUGCCUGAUCCAUAGAAAGUUCUGUGUUUAUUAAAUUAAAUCUCAGAGCUCCUUCCAAGGAAUACUGCAUGAGAUAAAGCUCUAACCCUCUACAGCUUCUACUGAGAGCAGAAUUACUUAGCUGCUCCCUAAUCCAGAACAAUUGCCUGAAUAUAAGUAUAAAUUCUUUAUUUUCAUCUGCACCAGUUCUGGGAGAGCUAGCAAUCUACCCUUAACAUUUCUGUUUUAAAACCUGGCUGACUACCAAUAGCACUUUGUCCAGACGGAACUGUAGAAAUGUUACGGAUUCAGGACUAAAUGUGCUUGAUUAAUCAAACAAGCUGGAAAACUACAAUGUUAAUUUUCUGUUGCUGUAAAUUGAUCAUUGUAAUUUUCACCUUACAUGUCAUUUCUAUUUUGUAUAUAUAUAUGUACACACACAGACACAAACACAUACACACGAUCGCGGGUGCCCACAUGAACACUUUAAUUUCCAUAGCUUUUAACAGGUUGACAUAUUGUUCCUUCUCCAUGCAGGUCAGUACUUUUUUCCACUUGUAACUACAAUUCAAUAAAACUUAAUCCUGUCUGCUCA